AUGUCUCCAGAUCCCUCUAGCCGGUCUGACUCGACAGUAGCUCAAGGACCGGUCUCGCAAAGGCUUGGGGCUAGCAAUCUGCGAGUAUGCGACAGAUGCAUUUCGAGGAAAGUAAAGUGUGAUCAGAAACGACCUGUUUGUUCUCGAUGUCAUGAAGGAGGUUUUGCCUGCGUUUAUUCGUCCUCCAAGAAGAAGCCAGGUCCAGCCAGGGGGACACGAAAAGCAGCGAGGCGCGCUGCCAAGUCCCCAGUGAAGUCCGCUCAUUCAUUUGUUACUUCUGAGCAGAAUGACGAGCAUGUGUCUUCAUUCUUUUCCGACAUCUUUGUUGCUUCUCCGUCGACGGGAUUCCAGAUGGAUGCCGAUGCUGGCUUCGCAACGGGUGGUGGUACCUCACAGCCCCAGUCUCUCCUUGCAGGGCUGACACCGCUUGACCCUGCGGCUGGGCCAUCUGUGUCCUCGGAGUUAGGGAUCUCCCCAGAGAUGCAGGCGAAGCUAGUCCAUGACUUCUUCGACUUUGUCCAUUAUUCCAUGCCAUUAUUUCGGAAAGACGAGUUUCUCCAGCAGUACGAGGAUGGAACGAUCAACCGUUCUAUUCUGCUUACUGUCCUUGCUGUCACGGCAAAGUCUCUCGGCCUACCGCAGGGUUGGCAGGUAGGCAAUAUCGAUGAUUGUCUGCAACAACUGUUAAGGAACGACCCAUUGGACGGCCCGACCCAGCCGGCCCUGCAGCUAGACGCGUUCCGGCAAAGCUGCCUACUCGCAUUUUAUCGUUUCCAUCAGGGUCAUGGUGGGGAUGCAUGGGACUAUAUCAGUCGGAUCUCCCGCAAAGCCCUCCGAUUGGGUCUACAUCAGCUAGAUUCCACAGAUCGGUACAACUCAUUUGACGAUAUUCUGACCACUCCCGCCAACCUGGAAGAAUGGAGAUACGUUUGGUGGUGUAUCUACUGCUUCGACUCGUACUCGAACAUUAUGGCAGCCACCCCCUUUGUCGUGGAAAAGGAGAGCAUCCGGACUGCCUUGGUGGCUACUUCUUUGGAGGGCUCAAGCGAUAAUUGCGAUGGCAGUCCUGUAAAACAGUUCCUGCCUACGGAUACUAGAGAUCUGUGGCGCAUCUCCGCGGAAAUGGGCGCUCGCAGUACCCCGGCCUCAUAUUUCAACAUGCAUAUUGUCACAACGACUCUCCUAAGAGAAGCGGCGGCUAUUUUUCGGUUACGGAGGCAGAGCCCGUCAGAAGGUCUCCAGCAGAGACGCUCUCAACUGGCAGAUCAUCUGUCGGCCGUGCUGCUUUCCCUGCCUCCACAGUUUCUCCGCGAAGCUCGCAACGCCUUUGCCAAUGAAUCCAGUGUAGACCAUCAUGCGCGGCUUGUCUGUCUACUUCAUCUUCACGCAGCACGGCUUUUGAACACAAUCACGUUUGAUCCCUCGGACGAUUCGGCGUGGAUGACAUCCUGGGAGCGAUCACUGGCCCACUCCGAGGCCAUUGUCGCAGUGAUCAGAGAAUGGGACAGCCGGUACUGUUCGACUGUCGAUCCAGCCAUCUGUCUCAUUGUGUUCUGUACAUUGAUUCUGCUCUAUUUACAUGAAAUACACGAGGCCACGGCUGGAAUGCCCGCACUUUCUGAGCGUCUCCAGGCGGAGAGGAACAUAUUACUCUUGUUCCUGGAACAGUUUGCCAAAGUCUGGGCUCUUCCCAGCUCACUCAAAGCAUCGUUUGAGAAAUUCACCAGUGUUGUCCAUGGACCCCUCUCCUCCUACGACAUUGGCCACGUCCUGAUACAAGUGCCUGGACACUUUCGGCCAUGGAGGGGACUGCUUGGACUCGCCCCAAAUCCGCGAGACCCGCUCACACCGCAAGAACCGGGGAUUGACCUUUCCGGGCUUGAUUUCUCUUUCGACUUCUUCUCUCCGUUAUGA